AGAACAUCAUCCCCGAGUGCCUGUUCUUGAAGAAAAGCCAGGUGGUCAGCACUUUUACUUUCCCUUCCACGCGCUCUUCGUUCUAUUUUAAAUGGCUGGUGGUCUCGAAUUCUGGAAUGUAGUUGUUUGCAGUUGAUUAAUGAGGAAGCUCGGGUUCUUGUUUGACACGUUCCGAAACCGAGGGAUCGACCACGCGAGCCACAGUGGAUAGUCGACCACGCGAUGCUCCAGUCGUUGCUUAGGCAGCGCGGAGCUGCGGCGACCGGGUGUUCCGCUGCUAGCAGCCUGACGGGAGCAAGUAGUGGACUAGCCAAAAAUCCAAAAGCGGCACUGGUGUUUCUGCAACAACCAGGAAAUGUUAACAUCCUUCCGGGGACACUACAACGCGGAAGCCGAGCCUCUCAAAACCUAGUGCCAUCUUCCUUUUGCACACGAACAGCCACUCGGUCACUCUUCACAGCCUCGAGCGCUCGGCUGAGCAACGUCGGACCGGUCUUCUCGGUGCCCCCGCUGCCUCCACCCGAGUUUGAAAAGGAUGGCUCGCCAAGAAGGUGAUUGUGUGCUCGUGACAGUAUGUUGGAUCGCACAAUGUUUUCCGCGGCACGGGUAGUUUGCAUGUUGUUCAUGUUCGACGUGCCAUAUCGCCCCCUGUUGCGUUUUUUCCGUGGGAGGCGAAAACCGAAGCCGAAAUUUUGAUCAGGUACCCACUUCAUCAAGCUGUGUACAACCACGGCUACCACUGGGAGCACUGGGGCAUGAAGAAGGAGGGCCUGUUCCACAGCGUCUACUGGGGUGAUUUGGCCGUAGACUACGAGGCCUACCAAGCCUGGCUGCAGAGUUUGCCGUUAUGGGUGGGUCUACCGGGAAUCUUCCUCUGGUUCAUGAUCUGCAUCUCCAUGUUUCUGCACGCCGGGUCCAUCGGAAUCAAACCCAAGCGGUAAGAGAAAGAACAAGAAGUAUCGUCUUCCGUGCGGCAUGACAUGUGAGAAGAAAAGGCGCAACAUCAUACUUACAAUUCGGUUCAUUUUAGUUUUUCUCUUUCCAUUCGUGUCGGUUCGAGAAGACGAAACAGCUAAUGUCGCAUGUGCACGAAACAACCAUACAGCUUCACCGUGGAUUGGGUGAUGGCAGCAAAGGAACGCGAACGUUGCGAGAACAGCAAUCCGGUGACGAGAUACCUCGACCGCAGGGUGUCAGAACGCGGAUGGCAUAUUGUCUUGGGUACUUCUACUUACUACACGUUAAGGCAGUCGGUUGUGUGCAGCUGUUUUUCUUCCUGUGAGCUGUAGGUUGUUGCAUCUUGUUGUUCCAGAACGGAUCUGUGCCACGGCUGCCUGGGGAAAAAAUUCCAAAAAUUAUCACAAAAAUUGAGGCGAUUACCUGCCGCAUCAUCGGUACUUCCUGUGGAUGAAUAACGCGUACGAUCACGAGUGGCGAGAGGCCCGGGGCUUGCCAGACCUCACAGAAGAGGGAGCAGUUUGGACGUACCUAAACCCCAAUAAAAUCGCAAAGGACGACGACGGAGAAGACGGCGACGAAUAGAAGAGUCGCUCUUGUGACGCCGCGUUCUAAUUAUUUGAUAUUUCGUCUCUUUGCGUUUGCGAUGGAUCUUCAUUUUGUUCCUGCAGAGCAGUUGCGCGGCCGUACUGGUACGUAGCACUAGUGGCUGCGUGUGGUGAAAUAAUAAUUGCGUGCUGUCCUCUCCUUUGUACAUACGAACCACCUGCACUACUUUGUAAAAGCUUAUAGAAAAAUUC